UGUCUAUACUUUGUUCGGAGCACACAGUACUACAAGUCCCAGAAACCCUUGCCGGUCAUCGCUCGUGUGGAGCAAUAUGGCGUCUUCUUGAAGCGUACAUAAAUCGCAAGUGUUUUCUUGACAAGUUAUCAAGAUGGCAGCCGACUCGACAGAGAAGAAAGAGGCCGAAUCCUCGGGAUCCAAAGACCGGGAGAGGAAGCGCAGCCGUUCACGAGAACGUAAAGUCUCACCGCCGCGCAAACCCAAUCGUAGUCGUGAACUAAAUCGCUCCAAGUCCGCAGAAAGAGACCGACGCAUGAAAGACAAGGAUCGAGAUAAGGAGCGUGAGCGAGACAAGGACCGAGAGAGAAGCCGCAAGGACAGAGACGGCCAUCGGCGCGGCAGGAGGUCCAGAAGUCUCUCGCCCAAGUCAAAGGACAAACAAAAGAGAGACAAGGACAUUAAGACAGAAGAGGAAGAAAAUGAAAAAAAGAAGAAAGAGAAGGUUCAACCUUUAUCUCUGGAAGAACUUCUCGCCAAGAAGAAGGCGGAAGAGGAGGCAGAAGCGAAGCCCAAGUUCCUCUCCAAAGCCGAGCGAGAAGCCGAGGCUCUGAAACGGAGGGAGCAACAGACUGAGGAAAGGAGGAAGUUGUUGGAAGAUGAGAGGAAAAAGAGAAGGAUGUUCCAGGAUAUGGGCAGAAAAAUGAUGGAGGACCCCCAAGAAAGGGAGAGACGCGAGAGAAGAGAGCGGAUGGAGCGAGAAAACAAUGGGAACGAAGACGAUGAUGGAAGGCAAAAGCUCAGAGAGGAGAAGGAUAAAAGCAAAGAACUCCACGCCAUCAAGGAGCGUUACCUUGGCGGCCUCAAGAAGCGCCGAAGAACUCGACAUCUGAAUGACAGGAAGUUUGUGUUUGAGUGGGACGCUUCUGAAGACACCUCAGUGGACUACAACCCGAUUUACAAAGAAAAGCACCACGUGCAGCUUUACGGGCGAGGCUUCAUCGCCGGCAUCGACCUGAAGCAGCAGAAGAGGGAGCAGUCGCGUUUCUACGGUGACCUGAUGGAGACGAGGCGCACGCUGGAGGAGAAGGAGCAGGAGGAGGUAAGACUGAAGAAGAUGCGCAAGAAGGAAGCAAAGCAGCGCUGGGACGACAGGCAUUGGUCUCAGAAGAAGCUGGACGAGAUGACGGACAGAGACUGGCGAAUCUUCAGAGAGGACUACAGCAUCACCACCAAGGGAGGAAAGAUCCCGAACCCCAUCAGGAACUGGAAGGAGUAUUCGCUGCCCGAUCACAUCCUGGAGGUCAUCGACAGCUGUGGCUACAAGGAUCCGACGCCCAUUCAGAGGCAGGCCAUUCCUAUUGGUUUACAGAACCGUGACAUCAUCGGCGUGGCCGAGACCGGUAGCGGUAAGACGGCUGCUUUCCUGAUUCCGCUGCUCGUCUGGAUCACCACCCUGCCGAAGUCCGACAGGAUCGAGGACUCCGACCAGGGCCCCUACGCGGUGAUCCUGGCGCCGACUCGUGAGCUGGCGCAGCAGAUCGAGGAGGAGACCAUAAAGUUCGGCAAACCCCUCGGCAUCCGCACGGUGGCUGUGAUUGGAGGAAUCUCCAGGGAAGACCAGGGCUUCCGUCUCAGGAUGGGCUGCGAGAUCGUGAUCGCCACCCCCGGCCGUCUGAUCGACGUGCUGGAGAACCGCUACCUGGUUCUGGGCCGCUGCACAUACGUGGUGCUGGACGAGGCCGACCGCAUGAUCGACAUGGGCUUCGAGCCCGACGUCCAGAAGAUCCUGGAGUACAUCCCGGUGACCAAUCAGAAGCCGGACACGGACGAAGCGGAGGACCCCGAGAAGAUGAUGAUGAACUUUGAAUCUGGAAAACAUAAAUACAGACAAACGGUCAUGUUCACCGCCACUAUGCCCGCCGCCGUGGAGCGGCUGGCCCGCAGCUACUUGAGGCGCCCCGCCGUGGUGUACAUCGGCUCUGCUGGCAAACCUCACGAGAGGGUCGAGCAGAAGGUGAUGCUGAUGUCCGAGGGAGAGAAGAGGAAGAAGCUGCUGGAGGUGUUGUCGCGUGGCUUUGAGCCUCCCAUCAUCAUCUUCGUCAACCAGAAGAAGGGAUGCGACGUGCUGGCCAAGUCUCUGGAGAAGAUGGGGUACAACGCUUGCACGCUGCACGGCGGCAAAGGUCAGGAGCAGCGAGAGUUCGCGCUCUCCAACCUCAAGGCCGGAGCCAAAGACAUCCUGGUGGCCACUGACGUUGCUGGUCGAGGUAUCGACAUCCACGACGUCUCCAUGGUCCUCAACUACGACAUGGCUAAGAACAUCGAGGAUUACAUCCAUCGCAUCGGUCGUACGGGUCGUGCCGGUAAGAGCGGCGUGGCGCUGACGUUCCUCACCAAAGAGGACGCGGCGGUGUUCUACGACCUGAAGCAGGCCUUCAUGGAGAGCCCGGUGUCCACCUGCCCGCCGGAGCUGACCAACCACCCCGAGGCGCAGCACAAGCCCGGGACCAUCCUCACCAAGAAGAGGCGCGAGGAGACCAUCUUCGCCUGAGUCCCCCGGACUGUCGCCGCACAAGUUGGACUUACCACGCUGUGCGCUCGCACACACACAUCAGGGUCUCAAGCUGUUUCUCUCUUGUAGCUGUAAAACAUCCCUGUUUUGUUUUUUAGACUCGAACGUGGGAAGUUUGUCAUCGACGCGUGUGAAUAUUUCUACUCUUUCAACGGCGCGUUAAAUGUGGACUCUGUGCUACAUGUUUUAGUUUCGCUUCUACCAACAGGAAGUGAUGAUGUAAGUGAGCUGCGGUGUGUAGAUGCUUAGUAGCGUUUUUAUUGACCAUAAUUUCAGUUUCCUGACCAAUGACACGAGAGACGGUGAUUUUUCUUUUGCUUGGAUCCUUUGACUAAAUUGUAAUACAUCGUUUUAAACAUAAACAUUUGUUAGUGAACACAGCAGCUCAGGCAUCCGGCUCAUCGGUGUAUUCUAGCAAUGUGCUUAAUAAUUAAAUCUCAGGAUCCAGAUAAAGGGUUGAAAUGUUCAAACUUGAGCAAACUUCAAGCGCCUUGACCUUGGGGAGGCAUGUGGAGUUUUGAUUGAACAGGUUGAAUAUGUGGCCAAUUGCUAAAACCGUUUAGUUCUAAUCAACUCGAGUACCAGAGUUUGACCUUUUUCACUGACUAACCAAAGCAUUUACAAACACCCCAAAGGGCCACAAAUUAGACAAAAUAAAGGUAAACAUUGUAUUCCUGUAUAGUAUGAUCUACAUUUAGUUUUAUUUCAUUAAGAAAAAGCCGUGUCAGCAAUUAAGGCCUUUAACUGAAUUCCACCCACUGCUGAAGUUUGCUGUUUUAAAGGUGAGUUUUGUGUCUCUCCCUGUGGAUUAUGACGUUCUACAUUAAACCGUAUUUUCUUUUUUAACGAGGGAUGAUUCUUUUGCAUACGUCCCUUUCUCACUGAUUUUAAAUUGUAGAUUUCAUGCGACUAAAUGUGGUCAAACUGCUCCCACAGAGGUUUUUCAGUGGUAAACUCUUGAUGGAAAAAUAAUGCCUGCGUGGUCAUUUUGUACUGAACUUUACAUUUUUGCUCACCUUUCUUUGAGUUUACAAAAAUAUGUAGAGCAAAGUGUCCAGUGGCCCUAAACCACCAAAGUGACUAGUUCCGAAGAGGACGAUCUAUAUUUAGAUCAUAUUUCAAGGCAGACCGUGUUGGCGCUGAAUGUGUGAACGUCGCCAAUGAGAGGAUUCACAAUCGAGUUAAAAAGAAACACCCAAACAAUUAAAAGUACGUAAAAUGUCA